AUGGAUCGCAUAGGCUCAUGUCGCGCAGUGAAACAAGUCCGUCUGAAAGAUCUCCGGGCGAAAAAUUACCAGGGCUCGGAAGAUGAGUGGCUCCAAAUAUUGGCCUUUUUCUUGGGCCAGUCUGAAUCGACAGAGAGUCCGGAGUGUGCCACGGGGCUGGAAGCCUCGGCAACCAUAUCGGGCUCUGAUCAAGAACAACAGCUUGUCAUCACCAUACGCAAGCGCGUGCAUACCAUCACACAACGGAUUGGCGCACUGAGCUUACAACAGGACGAUGAACAAGCCAUUGAACUGUUGGAUUGGGCUGGCAUUUCCACAGCUAGAGCUGAUGACCUAGAAUACCAAGUGUCCAGCCUGACGAGUCGAUACAGUCUCGCGGAGAACACCAUUCAAAAAUUGAGCCAACAGCUGGAAGAGCUUAUGCGCGCAAAGGCCCAGCAUGAGAACCAACUGGUAGCCAAUUUUGUACAAAUUCUCAAUGAGAAAAAGUUGAAGGUGCGCAGCCAACAACGUUUGCUGGCAGCGGCAACAGUGAACCCGAUGACAAUGUCCGAGAUACAAGCUGGCAUCCCUGCGGAACCACCUGCAACGGGAAACCCCCACCCAGGAAAGAGGAGCGCCAGAAGCAUAAGCGACACAGACGUCUCGUCGGAUGAUUUCGAGCGGGUGGAUAUCGAUCGAUCGAGGUCUCAUCGAAGGUUUGUCAGCGGUCAGGGGUCUGAUGAUGCAGGACACUUGACACAGUCCCCAGAAGAACAGGUCACAAGCUCCGAUGACGAUCGCUCGCAAGAUCAACCUACACAGCAGUCUCCGCCAGUGGCCUCAGAAAGCGAUGCUGCUCCGCCUCCGCGAGUGUUACCGUUCACCAGGAGGACGGGGGGCAUUGUUCAGGGCACUGCCGCGACUCAGGCCAGGGACGAUCCGGAGGCCACAGGGGGAGAAACAGAUGACGAUGAGCUCUAG